AUGGCAAUAUUAUCAGCCAAGAAUGAAGUCUUUUUUUUAAUAUAUGUUUGUUUGGAAUUAUGGGAUAAUCUGGAACAGAGACUCAUUCUCAAAACAUUUUGGCUUGUUGUCAACUUUUUGGUCUCCAUCAUUCUCUUAUGUGUGUUCUUUUUGCAGUCCAAUGCAUCCUCUGGCAUGGGAGUUGCUCCUGAUAUCAGGGAGACAUUCCUGGAGCUUCAGAUGAAGAAGGCAUUUCGCUAUGUCAUCUUCAAAAUAGAAGAAAAGCAAAAGCAGGUUGUUGUGGAGAAGACGGGGGCUACAACUGAGAGUUAUGAUGAUUUCCUGGCUUGUCUCCCAGAAAACGACUGCAGAUAUGCCCUUUAUGAUUUUGACUUUGUUACUGGGGAGAAUGUGCAGAAAAGCAAGAUUUUCUUCAUUGCCUGGUCCCCUGACACAUCGCGCAUCCGCGCCAAGAUGCUGUACUCCACCUCCAAGGACCGCAUCAAGCAAGAGCUCGACGGGUUCCACUACGAGAUCCAGGCAACUGACCCGACCGAGGUGAAGCUCGAUGUCCUCCGCGACCGGGCGCACUAG